CCAACAUGGGCUCUUGCAAGGAAGAAGAAGAGCAACGGCCACAACCACCAAAGCACUUGUGGGUUCACGGACCCAUCAUUGUGGGUGCAGGCCCUUCUGGCCUAGCCGUUGCUGCCUGCCUCUCAGAACAGGGAGUCCCCUCUGUCGUUCUUGAGAAAAGCGACUGCAUAGCUUCUCUCUGGCAACAAAGAACUUACGAUCGCCUUAAGCUUCACCUUCCCAGACACUUCUGUGAGCUGCCUCUAAUGGGUUUCCCUGAAGAUUUCCCCAAGUACCCCACCAAACACCAGUUCAUCUCUUACAUGAACUCUUAUGCUUCCUUCUUCUCCAUUGAGCCCAGGUUCAACCAGACUGUCCAGAGGGCCGAGUUUGAUCCCAGCUGUGGCUUCUGGAGGGUUCAAACUCAGGAUUCCGAGUACAUUUCCCGGUGGCUUAUCGUCGCCACCGGCGAGAAUGCCGAGCCGAUAAUUCCUGAAAUUCCCGGAGCAGAGAGGUUUCAAGGCUGCGUUGUUCAUACCAGUUCUUAUAAAUCUGGUUCUGAGUACAAGAACCAGAAGGUUUUGGUCGUCGGGUGUGGGAAUUCCGGCAUGGAAGUUAGCUUGGAUCUCUGUAGAAACAAUGCAAGCCCUCAUAUGGUCGUCAGAAACACUGUGCAUGUUCUGCCGAGAGAGAUGUUUGGGUUCUCCACAUUUGGAAUAGCCAUGGCUCUGCUCAAAUGGCUGCCUUCAAGACUAGUAGACAAGUUCCUCCUACUAAUGACUAACUUCAUCUUGGGCAACACAGACCGGCUGGGUCUCCGGCGACCGAAGACCGGCCCAAUGGAGCUCAAGAACGCCACCGGGAAGACACCGGUGCUCGACGUCGGAGCAUUCUCACAGAUAAAAUCCGGUAAAAUCAAGGUAAGCAAGCAGGCAACCAGGGUGAUGAAAGGUGUGAAGGAGAUAACAAGGAAUGGAGCUAGAUUUGUGGAUGGACAGGAAAAGGAGUUUGAUUCUAUAAUAUUCGCCAGUGGGUAUAAGAGCAAUGUUCCAAGUUGGCUGAAGGGGAGUGAUUUUUUCACGGAACAGGGGAUGCCAAAAGCACAAUUUCCUAAGAAUUGGAAAGGGGAGAAUGGGUUGUACACCGUGGGGUUCUCAAGAAGAGGCCUCCUGGGCACAGCUUCGGACGCCAUUAACAUUGCUAGGGACGUAGCUGAUCAGUGGAGAACAAUCAACGGCUGUAAAAACACUUGCAGUUCCCGUCUCAUCCCAAGAAGAUGAUCAUCAUUUUCAGAUAUAUAUUUAUAGUGGGAAUUUAGUUUUUCACAUCUGGAAAUUUAUUUCUUCACAUCUGGCUGCCUGGAUUUGUACUUCAGUUUCCCCUUUUCUUUCUUUUUUAUUUUUAUUUUAAAUUUUCCUCUGUAAAUUAACCAAUUUUGUAUGGGGUUUAACUUCUCCUGGUCAGUGGUCAUGUAUGUUCCUCUGCGAUGUAUAAAAAAUCCUUUAGGAAUAGGCAGG